UCCAUGCACAUGCACACACGGUACACAAACAGGCAAACAUAGACACACACAUGCAUUCACAAAGGCAUAAAAAUGCAUACAUAAACACACAAGUAUACAUAGACAAAUGUGUCAUGUCGUUGCCUUGCUUGGUGCCAGUAAAGUAUACAAGCACACACCCAGUACACGUAGCAGACCUGCACACCCACCCAAGUCCAUUGGAAUCAUGGAGGCAUGUAGAGGCCUUGACCAGGUCAGAUGCAGACCUUGGUACAGGGCAAAUGCAAUGUCCACCUUUCCCUCUUGACUCCCUGCUGAGCAUGGAGCCCUGGUUCAGAGUCACGAGCCCUUCUCAACUACGUCCUGCUGUGCGACCCUCUGAGCCUCCACGUCCUCAUCAGUAAAAUGAUGUGGGUACCCAUCCGCCAGGGCUGGUGUGAGCUAGGUAAGGAGCAAUGCUAAGCCCUGUGCUGGGCAGGGGUCAGGUGCUCCUUGCAUGCUUCUCCCUCUACUCUCUGCUGCCAGGCCUACCCCCCAAUGCCCCCACCCUGGAACUUGAGGCCCUCUCCUCCCCUUUCUGAGCCUGGAUCCUGUGGAACAUGUCUCCCUGCUCUGGAGCAGGGCUGGACUACCUCCAGGGUCUCUCCCAGAGGGUUUGGGGAGCAGCGUACAGGGGGUGCAGAGUCAGCAGUUGAGGGAUUGGGGCCAUGCCAGCCUGAUUAGGGCGGCUGGGGGCUGAGCUGGAUUCACCUGUCCUUGUCUCUGAUUGGCUCUUGGGUACCAACAACCCCCCAAAUCCCACUAAGCAGCCCCAACAGGGCCUUCACAGGUCUGUGGACAGCCAGUUGAUUGCCAGUUCUGAGGUCAGAAGGGUGUCUGGGGAGGCCAGAGGCUGGCCUGAGCCUGGCUCUGGGGAUCCCCUGCAUCCAGAAGAGCCAACUGACCACCCUGUUCCUUCACCUCCUGCCGGCACCAUGGGGGCUGGGGCCAGUGCUGAGGAGAAGCACUCAAGGGAGCUGGAAAAGAAGCUGAAAGAAGAUGCCGAGAAGGAUGCUCGAACCGUGAAACUGCUGCUUCUGGGUGCCGGUGAGUCCGGGAAGAGUACCAUUGUCAAGCAGAUGAAGAUCAUCCACCAGGAUGGGUACUCGCUGGAAGAGUGCCUCGAGUUCAUUGCCAUCAUAUAUGGCAACACGCUACAGUCCAUCUUGGCCAUCGUGCGCGCCAUGACCACGCUCAAUAUCCAGUAUGGAGACUCUGCGCGCCAGGACGAUGCCCGGAAGCUGAUGCACAUGGCGGACACCAUCGAGGAGGGCACGAUGCCUAAGGAGAUGUCAGACAUCAUCCAGCGGCUGUGGAAGGACUCGGGUAUCCAGGCCUGUUUCGAUCGCGCCUCGGAAUACCAGCUCAACGACUCUGCUGGCUACUACCUCUCGGACCUGGAGCGCCUGGUAACCCCGGGCUACGUGCCCACUGAACAGGACGUGCUGCGCUCGCGUGUCAAGACCACUGGUAUCAUUGAGACGCAGUUCUCCUUCAAGGACCUCAACUUCCGGAUGUUCGAUGUGGGCGGGCAGCGCUCAGAACGCAAGAAGUGGAUCCACUGCUUCGAGGGUGUGACCUGCAUCAUCUUCAUCGCGGCUCUCAGCGCCUACGACAUGGUGCUUGUGGAGGACGACGAAGUGAACCGCAUGCACGAGAGCCUGCACCUAUUCAACAGUAUCUGCAACCACCGCUACUUCGCCACCACGUCCAUCGUGCUCUUCCUCAACAAGAAGGACGUCUUCUCGGAGAAGAUAAAAAAGGCGCACCUCAGCAUCUGCUUUCCGGACUACAAUGGGCCCAACACAUAUGAGGACGCGGGCAAUUACAUCAAGGUGCAAUUCCUCGAGCUCAACAUGAGACGCGACGUGAAGGAGAUCUAUUCCCACAUGACGUGCGCCACCGACACACAGAACGUCAAGUUUGUCUUCGACGCUGUCACCGACAUUAUCAUCAAGGAGAACCUCAAAGACUGCGGCCUCUUCUGAGGUGCCUGGACUCAUGCAUUCCUGAGACCCUGUAGCCCUUGCCGCCUUGUAGCCCCAAUCCGCAUGACCCCUACCAGCCCCCCAGGACUCCUGGGCCCCAGCCUGUGGCCUCACCAGCCACAGAUUCAAAACCCUAAGCCCUGCUAACCUUGAGGGACUUACCCUCCCCCAUGGCUCCCAGGAUUCCCUGGUCUCCCAGAGUCCGGUGCCCCCAGCCACCCCAGCACUGCCCUUCACGGCCUGGCUGCACUGGCCUCCAGGACCCACCACAGCCAGCCCCAGCUAGGAGCAAGCAGUACUUGGGGCAGCUACAGCUCACGGUGACUCAGCAGUACCCCACUGACCAAUCUCCUGCUGCUCUCCUGCCCCAGGAGGCCCGUGAUUCACCUGGUGGGUCUGGGUUCAGCAAACAGCCCUCCCUCCCAGAGUUUCAUGAAGGGCAGGGGGGCAGGAAGGGAACCCUCCUCCAAGCAGGCCUGCUGCUUACCAUCAGCCCAUUCUAGCCUUACCACCUCCAUGUGACAAGUCUGACACCCAUCUGCCCAGUGGCCAGUGACUGCCCCACCCGGCAGCUUUAGGGGUCCAAAGUCCAAGCCAGCUCUGGCCUGUGAAACUCAUACAUAGACGAAUUAGUGAGUGGGGGCAAGCCUGGGAGCUCCUGGUGCCAGGAAGAGACUCAAGCUGGACCCUUCCCCACAUAUCCUAACCCCUUCCCCCACAGGCUCUGCCCCCUCCAUGCUUGGACACUGUAUUCAUGUCCUACUUACUUACACACCCACAGUACUCCAGGCCAGUCUGUUGAGGGAGGGUGCUGUUGACACCAGCUGUGGCCAAUGGCUGAACUGUCCUAAGGGGUGGCUGGGAGCAGAGUCCGGCUCCCAUCGAUCAGCCCCAGGCAGGGGAUUUGGGACAGGAAGGAGGCCCAGAUUGUGCCCAGAGGGGUCUGCCUCAGGUAGGGUCAUAAGCAAACCCAGGUGACCCUCUUGUCCCUGCCAGCAGCUUCUCUCAUCCUUCCCAUUCAGGGCCCAUUCCCUGGUGGGAAAAACUGAGAUCCAUGCCUGAACCAUCAGUGACAAAGGCAUCCAUGUCCCCACACCCCUGCUCCCUACUUCCUCAUCAAGCACCAAGUCCUCGCUGAUGCCCGUGGGCUGGGGCCUGUGCUGUAGUCGAGGGCAAGGAGCAUCCGUCUAACAAGG